AUGUUUUUUGCUCUCUGCGUAGCAUUAAGUGGUAGAGAGGUGAAUAAGACUAGAAGAACGGUCAAUGGUGUCGAUCACAAAGAUUUCUUUCGCGAUGGAAAAGUUGGUGACUGGAAGAAUCAUCUGAGUGUGACUCUUGAAACGGAGAACAAAAUUGAUAUGACCAUCAAGGAGAAAUUUCAAGGGUCAGGAACUCAGGAUUGA